AUGGAUGCAGUCUCACAAUUUCAAGGCGUCCCACUCACAAGACAACGAAACUUCAGUUGGAUUUUCCUAGUCACAUGGAUCCUCACAGUCAUUCUUUCACUAUCUUUCAUAUUCUACUUGGGGAGAACAAUAGCAUAUAUCAUAACAUUCAUCCUAGAAUGGCUCCUGUGGAAACAUGCCAAAGUGAAAGUUAACAUACAGUCCCUAAGAAUAUCACUAUUGGGUGGUAGAAUAUUCUUCAAGAACGUCACCAUAAUACAUAAGGAUUCUACGAUAUCCAUAUUAGAGGGAAAUAUUACAUGGAGGUAUUGGCUCUUCAAUACAAGAAAGCCUGAAUUUCAAGAGGCCUCUGUGGAUGAAACUCAGACCAAACCUACAAGUAUUAAGAAUUGGCAGUUACCAUGUAGGUUUGUUGUAAAUUUGGAAGGUUUAGAAAUAUUCCUUUAUAAUAAGACUGUCGCUUACGAUAAUAUAAUUCAAAUGUUUUCCAAAGAGGAGAGGUUUCAAUUUGAAAAAUUCUUGAAUGAACAGAUACUUUCAGAUUCUGCCACGGUGAAGAGUAUGGAUGAUUCUCAAUUCGAUACAUCAGAAUCAACAUCUACAGAUAAAUCAGAAUCAUCUGCUACCAAUGAUAGAGUGUUUCAAGAGGAAGAAACGGAUACGUCAUCAUUUCUGAGAUUUUUACCAAUACAAUUCUUAGUUACUCGUGGUUCUUUAAUCUUGGGGAAUAAAUUCACUCCAUCUCUAUUGAUAGUUAGUGCUGAUAGUGCUGAUGCAUUGAUGGAUUUUGCUCAACCAAAGGAAAAGUUGGAUUUAUAUAAAUUCAAACUAAGCGCAGAGCUUAUUAAUACAGAGGCCACCCUUAAGCAAAACAUAGGAUUUGAUGAAGAUGUAUCGAUGAAAUUUAAACUAGAUAGAGGGAAAGUCUCGGAAGUUUGGAACCACUUCACACGUAUGCUGGGCAUACUUUAUAAACCUUUGAGAUUUACACACAUGCAUAGAAGGAAAAAUGAACAUGAGGAUAAAUUCCAAGCCAAAUGGAGAGGGCUAGCACUCUACAAGGGAACAGGAUUAGGUGAGAGACGAAAUGAUAUAGAUGAUAUAGAAUUUGAUUUUGCCAACCACGAAUACGCUAAGUUUAGCAGUAUCUUAAAAUCUCCCAAGGUAACAUUUACAUCCCAACAUGAUAUGCCAGGAAUAGUACCUCAUGGAGCUCAUCCAACAAUUUCAGUAUUAGAUGGUCCUGAUGUUGGAAAUAGUGGUGCUCCACCAGACUAUAGUCUAGAUAUCCAGAUAUUUGGUGGAUCCGUCUGCUUUGGUCCGUGGGCGCAAAGACAAGCAGAUCAUUUAUGGAAACUACUAUCACCAGUCGUUUCACGAACAGCUAAACCAGUUAAGAGACUAACGCCUGGGUGCAGGAGAAUUUAUACAUAUGGUCAAGUGUUAGUUACUAUAAUGGAUGACGCCACAUGGAGAAUACCGACCAGAGAAUCAAGUAAAGAUUUUGAAUUUUUACAACAUUAUAGAGAAACGAACGGAGAGUAUAGACCAUUCGGGUGGAUAGAUUUAAAAUUUUCUAAGGAAACCACAGUUAACACGACAUUUGCACUGUGCCCCACAGUCGAUGGAUUUAAGAAUAAUAUAAAAAUACAUUUAACGGAAAAUGAAACCAGAUCAAGUGUUAAUCACGACAUUCUUUUGAAGUGUAAAUAUUUUGAUUUCGAUAUCGAUACAAGUUUCCCUUUGGGAUGGAAUGAUGAGGCGACCUGGACUAUCAAUUUAAACUCAUCACAAAUGGAAGCAUUUAUUCUACGUGAACAUAUUACUCUGAUUGCAGAUACCCUUACAGAUUUCUCUUCUGGAGAACCCACCCCUUACGAGCUUUUCAGGCCAUUUAUUUAUAGCAUAAACUGGAAAAUAGAUGGCUACUCAUUGUAUCUAAACGUUAAUGACCAUAAUAUUGUUAAUAAUCCACUAGAUUUUAAUGAAAAUUGUUAUUUAUCGUUCCAUGGUGAUGAACUAAGUUUAGAUUUCUUAAUUCCUAAAACGAGUAUUACAGCAAGACACACAGAUAUAUCAUAUACAAUAAAGACUCCAAUGUUUCGAUUAUUGCUUAAUACACCUCCUUGGAACACACUGAACGAAUUUAUGAAACAUAAAGAGGUAGGACGGUCAUACGAUUUUAAAGUAGUCGGCUCAUACCUAAUUUAUUCUGACUUAGAUAUUGAUAAUGUAGAUACUAUCAUGAUGGACUGUACAAGUAAAGGAACUACUCUUCAAUGCUAUGGGUUUGUUGUCAGAUAUCUUAUUAACGUUAAGAUGAACUAUUUUGGUGAUUUUUUCCAUUUCGUCACUUCAGAAGAAUAUACUGGUGCUAUCAGAGCAAAUGAAGAUGAUAUGCAAUAUGCUUCUGAGUCUGAUGAUGAUAGAUCAUCAAUAUCAAGUUUCGAUACCAUGCAGGGGAAUGAUGCCCCAGGUCGAAGACGAUUACAUACUGAACUACAAAGAUCUGACCUAAAAAGAACCACCAAUGAAACUGAUCUUUGGUUUACCUUUACAGUAUGGGAAGGGGCUCUGCUUCUUCCUGAGACAAUUUACAAUUGUGACCCAUGUGUUGGGUUACAUUUUGGUGAAUUAGUAAUAGAUUUGAGAAGCUGUAAUUAUUAUAUGGAUCUAUUGGCCAAUAUGAACGACGUUUCCAUAAAGAGAUACGUAUCUAAGCAUCCGCAUGAGAUAUUUGAGGCAAUUCAUAAAAACAACGGAGAAGAGUAUCAUACACAUGGUUCACUAUCAAGUUUAACAAUACAUGGACAUAGGAUGUACGGGUUACCUCCCAUGGAGCCAACGUAUUUUUGUCAAUGGGAUUUUGACUUGGGUACUCUCGAUAUUGCUUCAGAUAUUGAGUUUUUAAGAGGAUUUUUUUCUUCCUUUACCAGAAUAGGAUUCGGAUAUGUUGACUUAGAAAACAUUCUUUUAUAUGAAAAAGAGACCUACGAUGACAUGACAUCAGUUACCGUCAAUUUAGAAAAGCUUUCUGUUAUGUUACAAGAACCCAAACUCAACAUGUAUGCCUCCUUUGAUUUGAACAACUUGUAUUUUACUUUCAUUGAUUUUGAGAAUGAAAAAUAUUCGACAAGAUUGGAUUUGAUAAUACCAACAUUGGAAUUUUCUCUUUUCAUUAAAGAAGAGGAUGGCACGACAAAAAAACUCUUCACUUUAGAAACCAAGGUAAAAAUAACGAAUUUUGUCCAAAGUCAAGACUUCGAUGAGCACAGGAAAACCCAACGUGAAUACAUUAAAUUACAUGAUGCACCUUACCAUAGAUGCUCAUUUAUUUUACCCCAAGAAUACCAGGAUGCAGAACAAUAUCAAGAGUUAUUUGGAGCUAUUGCCCCAUCAUCGUCGUUACCACCUUUACCUGUCCCUCUUAUUCCCUCCACAACCGAUUUUAUAAUAGAGGAUCUUUUAGGUGAAUUCCAAGACUUGCUCGAGACAAGCUCACCUUUCAGAAUGCCUUUCAGUGACCAAGAUUACGCCACAGAUGUGUCAGAUGAUGAAACAGAAGAAGACAUAGAUCCAUUAGAAUUUAAUACACCAUCAGAAGCUAUACAAAAUGAUAAAUGUGAACGUGAUAGUUUUAUUAUAGACGUUAGCUUCAUAUCCAUUGAAAUAUGCCCUGAUAUAUUAGAUUCAAUUGGUACUUUUCUAAUGCUUUUUUCAACAGAAAAUAUUGUACAGAUAAUAGACGAUAUUGAAAUUGCCACAGUGAAUCGUCUCAGUAACCUUAGAGAGGGUGCAUUUAAGUUGACUAACGUGAAAAUUAACAUUCUUUAUUUGGAUUUAUUCUGGGGCUCCAGAACUGAUACUGGUGUUGGUAUAUAUCUCGAUAGAAUUGAUUUUGCAAUGUGCGAAAAAACAGUUGAAGAGAAUAAAGAGAAGAAGUUGAUAGAAUUAACAGUUUUAAACAAGAUUAGAUCUGUGAGAGGAACUGUUAAUCAAACAGCUGCCAACUCUAAAAACGAAGAAAGACCGCCUGCGUUAUCUUUGGUGAUAGAAGGAUGGGAGAUAUGGUCAUCGACUGUCGAGGAUCAGGUGAACUCAUUAAAUAUAUUAUCAACAGAUAUUACUGUCGAUGAAGCACAACUUGAAUGGCUGUUUGGGUAUUUUGAUAACCAAGGACUCCAAAUUCAGGACAUGAUUAAAACAUCAGAUACAAUACAAAAAAGGAAAAUUGAAUCAAGAAAAGAAUUAAUAUCUAGUUUAACCGCUGCUAGCGAAUACUACCAAAUCAGUCACGAUCCAUAUGUUAUUACUAAACCUGCGUUUAUAACAAGAUUAUCUAGGGGGCAUGUCAGAGAAAAUAGAAGUUGGAAGAUUAUCACAAGAUUACGUCAUAUUUUAACAUAUCUUCCAGAAGAUUGGCAUUCUACAAUUAAUCGAUCAUUGACUCAAAGUAAAACUGCCGCUACUACUCAAGAUGCUAAAGGUAUAUUUAUCUCAGUCUUUUCUAAUUGGAGAAACUGGGAGUUUUCUGAUAUCGCACGUUCUUACAUCUACCGAAAAUUAUUUUUGAAUCAACAUUCUAAUCAAGAAAUUCAUACAACAAAGAAGAGUAUAACAAUCAAAAUUGCUUCAUUCUUUGUGACAGUUUAUAGUGCUGGUUAUGAGGUCGAACACAAUUUCAUUAUCACCCGAACAAAUCUUCUUCUAGAAACCAAUUCGCCGACUUCUGACUCCUCACUCAGUCGAGAGACGAUAUUUAAUAUAACAGGUACUCUUGGUACUGCAAAAGGUAAACUUAGUGACAAGAUAAUCAUGAUCAAAAAUCUGCUACCAAGUUUGAAGAUUACAGAUGGAGGAAAAUCAAAGGAAACAUUUGACUUCGUAAAAUCGUUCAAAUUGAACACUUUGAUUUUAUGUGAACGAGGAGAGCUACAAAUUGAUAUCGGCAAUACCCGCUUGGUGAGUCGAGUCUUUGGAGCUAGAUUGAGUAUGCUUUGGGAAAGUCCCAAAGAUUUGACUAGCCAGGCCGUUUCUCUUGCUGUUUAUACCCAGCGAGCAGAGAUUCACCUAAAACAUAUUAAUGCAACGUUAGCCGAAAUUCAAAUUCGAGAUUUUUCCCUGAUAGUCACUACCGAGUCAUGGUCUUACAAACCAACCAUUUUAGUCAAUUCUCAGUGUUCCGAUCUUCAUCUGAUGGCUAUGACUGCGACUGAUAUAUUAGUAGCUUCAAUUAAAGAGAUAAUGGAGAAUAUCCAUCGAAUUGAGCAAGACCUUUUGGCUGGUACUAGAGCUGAGAAAAUAACUAAGGUAGAAUCUCACGGACCCAAACCAAAAGUGAACACCAUCUUAACGUGUUUCUUCACCAAUAUAAGUUUUGAACUAAUGCCAAUAUCGCCAUUCUUUAUCCGACAUGAGGCUAAACAACUGGAUAUAUACUUCAAUAGGUUUGGAAGUAAUGAAAUACUUCUGAGUGUUUGGGAUGCUGAUAUUUAUCUCACCUCACAUCUAACAAAGCAACAAUAUUUCAGAUUCUCCUUUGGAGAUCUGCAAUUAAAAGGAAACAUGGUAAAUGAUCCUUACCAUAUUAAUUUAUACCUCUCUGCCUCAAUAUUAAAGUUGACUGUUUCUGAUGUACAGAAGCUAAUACCUAGCUUUCUACAAGAUGAAAAGAUUCUAACUGAAAGUAUAGAAGAUUUUAUUACACUGGAUUUAUUUGGCUUGAGUAAGAAUCAAAAGUCAAAACCAGAAAAAGACAACAAUAAGUUUAGUUGGUCGAUAGAUACUAAUAUCAAUUAUUUUGGUUUACUUGCUCCCAUUGGCUCUGCAUACUUUCUUUUUGAAUUGCGUAUGCUUUUGGCUUCUUUAACAAAAAUGGGAAGCGAUAUCCCAAACCAGAGCGAUAUUUCAGGUCAAUUUUCUGUAGAGAAUGUUCUCUUUUUUAUUAAAGAAAGGGCACUUCCAGUUCGAUUGUCCAAACUCUUAGAUUUUUCAAUUAAGGUUUCCGCCCUACAGAAGAAGAAAAAUACUUCUAACACAUACCAAAUUGAAAGUUCUCAUUUCAGGGUGUGUUUAUCACCAGAAUCGUUGGUCCGAUUGUUAUGGGCAACUAAUCAAGUAUCCACAAGUAUUCAAUAUUACAAGGAUCACCAUGUGGAUAAUAAAUGGGAUUUGAGAUCAAAAUUAAAUAAUAUUCCAAAGGCACCAGACUUACCCUUAAAUGUUCCUUCUUUUCAUAUCCUUUCCUAUAACUUUUGUGUAGGAUGGCUUUUUUCAGUUGAUUCAAAAUCUGAACCAGGUCUAAUUUUAGGAUACAAUAGGUUAUUUUCUGCCUACGAAAAGAAUCUUGGGAAAUUAACAUUAGUCGAUGUCUUUUUCUCAAUUGCUAAUGGAAAUUCAUCUGACAACUUCUUUUCAGAAGGUAAGGAAAAGGAUAAGUAUAAUAGAAGUUACCUUCCAAAUAUGCAGAUUUCUUACUGGUUUAAAGAUGCUGGAACAAUGCGUGAUCUUUUUGUUAGGUUUCACGGGGAAGCCUUAGAUGUCACAUUUUUGUCAUCUUACCUUGAUGUAAUAGAGUCUGCUCUAACUUCUGUCCAAACUUUUCAAGAGUUGAAGAAAGAUUUAAUUCCGGGACUGCCUAAGAAACAAAAGGUAAAUGAUGACAAAACUCUUGAACUCAACACUUUAUCCCCAUUUUUGGCAAAUAUCAGAUCAAUUAGUUGUCAAUUCAAGUAUGAUGGUGGGGUUUUCAAAAUAUUUUCCUUGGAGGAUGCAGAAACUCAAUCAGAGCCGUCAUUCGAGGUCAACAGUCCCAAUGUUGUUAUUGACCUGAAUUAUAAGCAUCUUGAAAAUAGAACAAAGCAGCAUUGGAUUAGGUCUCUGAUAAAGAUAAAUUCAACACACAAUAUUUUAUAUGCGAAAUGCGCCCCACUACUUUCUGAUUUCUUUGAAAGAAUUCAAGGAAUGGUGAAGAAGCAUAGUUCGAGCGAAGAAUCAACACUAUCUAAACCUUCAAGUCAAAAUCUUGAUUAUAAGCGUUUACUUGACUCUUUUGACAUAGCAUUAAAAAUAACAUCUGCCAAGCAACAAUUAAGUUUAAGCUGUGAGCCCAAAGCGAAAGUUCAGGCUGAUAUAGGGUUUCAAUCGUUUAUUUUUACUGUUACUACAAAUGACUUAGAUGCUGCUGAACCAUUGAGUUUUUCGCUCUCAGUUGAGAAAACUGAGGCUUCCAUUAAGCACAUCUUUUCAAGAGAAACAAGUACAUCCAUUGGGGUUGAUUUUGUGGAUGUAACUUUGAUGUUUACUCAUCCUGAUGUAAUUAACGUUCAUGGGACGGCACUCAUAUCCAAUAUCAAUUUGUUUUUUAAUGUUAAACAACUACAGAAUUUGUACUUAUUCCUUGAUAUUUGGAGGUUGAGUGACCUUUUGAAGUCUAAGCCAGCGAAUGAUAUAGUUAAGGCGAAAACAGACUCUUCAUUAUCAAUUGCUCAAUUGAGCGACCCAGAAUCGAUUAUUCCAUGGUGUUUUACUUUAAUUUUUACAAAUGUUAAAGGGGAUGUUGAUUUAGGGCCCUCUUUGGGUGUCAUUUCAGUGCAACUAAAAAGAACCUGGUUUGCAACAGAUCAUUAUAAAAAUAUGCGUAAAGUUCUUCAUGCAUUCACAGAUGGGACCUCCUUAUCAUCCAAGGGAAGACUAAGUGGUAUUUUUGAACUGAAAGGGGCAAGCUGGAUUUCGGAAGUCAACUGGCCUACUGAUACUACUAUAAAUGCACAUCCAUUGGUUUCAAUAACAAUGAAUAUUGACGAAAUUUCCACAAAAGCUGCUUUCGAUUAUCAUAUGUUUUUGAUUGGUGCCAUUAAUAACACUAGAGUUCAUUUACAUAGCGAAAAAGAUGUUAAUGGUGUCAUGCCCGAUCUAUUGAAGGUAACCUUCCUUUGUGAGUCAAUCACUCUCUGCUCAACAGCCUUAGUUGCUGCUAAUAUUCUCGAUAUUUACAAUACAGCCAUGCGUAUGCGUCAGGAUAACAAAAUCUCAUAUAUAGAGACAUUGAGAGAAUCAAACGAGGCGGAAUCAAAGCCUCCAAUCAAUUAUACGGAUAUAUUGAGAUCUUUGAAUUUAUUGCAGACAGAUGUUUCUGUUGAUAUUUACACGCUAAAUAUCCAGAUCUCACCGAUUACCUUAUUUGAUGUUGAAGUUUUGGUCAUAACAAUUGAGAGUAUAUCUGCCCGUUCGGAAACGCAUUCUGGGAAGAAACUGAUGACUGAGUUAGAAAUGCAGGUAUAUGAUGCAUCUGUUUCACUUUCAACCUCAAAAGAAGAAAUGGACGAGGCAACAGUAUCAAAAAUUUCUGUGAAGAAUUAUUUGCAGUAUGCUUCCAAAAUUGUUGGUGGAACCAUCAUAGAAAUUCCGAAAUUGUUAGUAAGUAUGACUACGUUUCAAGAGGAAAAAAGUGAUAUUCUCGAAUAUCUAUACACCUGUGUCUUCGAUGAUAAACUUUCAGUAAGAUGGAAUCUAGGUCCUAUUAAUUUUAUUAAAGAAAUGUGGACUACCCAUAUUAGGGCCAUUGCGGUCCGUAGGUCACAGGUUGUUGGUGUUCUUGACGGUCAAUCUGAGGAAGAUGUCGAAAAACGUAUAAAAGAGGAGGAAAACUUCUCGAGGUUUAAGUAUGUUGCACUCGAACCUCCCCGUAUUGAUAUGCCGCAAAUAAGAGACUUAGGAGAUGCCACGCCACCCAUGGAAUGGUUUGGUGUGAAUCGUAAACGUUUUCCUGCCUUUACUCAUCAAACGGCAGUGUUCCUUGUUCAGAAAUUGGUCUACAGUGCUGAACGAGAAUAUGCAAACAUUUUAGGUAGCUCUUGA